CAAAAUGGAACACACAAAAAGAGGUAACUGCGCACGAAGAACGGGUCUCAAGCUUUCCGACAAGACAUGCACACCACAAAUUUCCUUUACUUUUCUUUUUUGCCUAACCUCUGGGACCACAAAUUUCUUUAACUCUCCGUAUAUAAAUCGACCAUUUCUAAAACCUUCCCAAUCUUCUUAUUGACUCAAUAAUCAUGAGACCUGCGCAGGACAAUCAAGGAUCCUUCCUCGGCCGGAUUAGUAUUCGUCGCAACCAGUUCACCGACGUCAACACCGAACAAGAGCAAGAAGAUCUCGAGCUUUUCCAAAAACACAUCGCCGAUCGUUUCACCGAGCUUCUCACUCCUCCACCACCACCACAACCACCCUCCGAUGAAACGGACGCUGUUGCUUCCGUAGCCGCGACGGAGCAGAUUAUGUCCGUGACUUGGCUUCGUAAGCUUAUGGAUGUUUUCCUCUGCUGCGAAGCCGAAUUCAAAGCGAUUCUCUUAAUGGGCCGUGACCCGACCCAGAUUUCUAAACCGCCUUUCGACCGGUUAGUUCCUGAAAUGUUAGACCGGUCGAUUAAAGCGCUUGACAUCUGUACCGCCGUCGUUAACGGAAUCGAUUCCGUUAGACAUUACCAGCGCCUAGCUGAGAUCGCCGUGGCAGCCUUGGAGCAACGUCCGUUAGGAGACGGUAACGUGAGGCGAGCGAAACGCGCGCUGGCGAAUCUACUCAUCGCGUUGAGCAUCGAGGACAAAGAGAAUGUAAGCAGCGGUGGCGGAGGGAAUAAGACGGUAGAGAGAUCGUGGUCGUUCGGUCGCCGCGGCGGCGGAUCGUCUGCGGCGAGUAAAGGAGGAGCGACGAUCGGUCAGCUGAAAUCGUCUUCGUGGGCCGUCGGGAGAAACUGGUCGGCGGCGAAACAGAUCCACGCAAUGACGGCGAAUCUGACGCCGCCACGUGGCAACGAAGCGGCGGGGUUGCCUCUGCCGAUGUUUAUAAUGAGCACUGUAACGGUGUUCGUGAUGUGGGUUUUAACGGCGGCGGUUCCGUGUCAGGAGAGAGCUGGAUUAGCGAAUCACUUGCCGGUGCCGAAGCAUUUGAAUUGGGCUCAGAGUUUGGUCGGAAUCCACGAGAAGAUCGGAGAUGAGUGGAAGAAGAAGGAGAAGAAAGGAUCAGCGGGAUUGAUGGAGGAGAUGACGAGGAUGGAGAAGCUUGGUCACUCGCUGAUUGAAUUCGCCGAUGGAUUUCAUUAUCCGGCGGAGAAAGAGGCUGCUGAGUCUGCAGCAGCUCAAGUGGCGGAGAUGGCGGAGAUAUGCCGGAGAAUGGAGGAGGAGCUUGUGCCGUUGCAGCAACAGAUCAGAGAGGUCUUCCAUAGGAUCGUGAGGAGUCGUGCGGAGAUUCUAGAGGUGCUGGAGCAAGCCGGGAAACUUUCAGCGCCAGUUGUAUAAAUAUUUUAAAAUGUUUGGGGGUGACAUUUCAAAGUUUUGUAAUUCUUUGGGGGUUAUAAGAUAUUUAUUUUCUUAGCUCUGUGUUAUCGUUUUUUUUUUGUCCAUGUUUGUGUUUCAGAACUCUUCUGGCACGGCCCAUAUCAUUGUGUCUACAUCUUCUUCUAUA